CCUUUCCUCUUUGCUUCUCUCCGCCAACCUAAAUUUUAUCCAAUUCAAACUCGGCGCGAGAGGAUGGCAACCGCACUCUUCUUCUUCACUCCCUCCUCCGCCGUCAUCUCCUUCCCGCCCCAAAACCCUAAUCUCAAUAUUCUCCUCACUCGCUCCUCGCCUCUCGCCAUUCCCGUCUCAGCUAAUCCUAAUGUCAUCCCUCGCAGAUGGUCGGCUGUUCCGUUUCUCAGCGCGAAGGCGCUCCGCACCGCCGUUCCAACCAUACCUGUCGAAGGAGAGCUCCUCGACAUCUCGAAGAUCGGCAUAUCGGAGCAGAUCGUUACUGCUCUCUCUCACCGCGGCAUCACUGAACUGUUCCCUAUUCAGAGAGCUGUCUUGGAGCCUGCAAUGGAAGGCCGUGAUAUGAUUGGAAGGGCUAUAACUGGAUCAGGAAAAACUCUUGCAUUUGGUAUUCCCAUAUUGGAUAAAAUUAUCCGGGAUCAGACUCAAAGCUGGAAAAAACGAGUUCCCUCUGCUCUUGUAUUGGCGCCUACACGUGAACUGGCACGUCAGGUGCAAAGGGAGUUCAAAAUUUCAGCUCCGAAUUUGCAAAGUACUUGCAUUUAUGGUGGAAUACCAAUUAUGAGCCAAGUGCGUGCUCUUGGAUAUGGCAUGGAUAUUGUUGUUGGAACACCGGGAAGAAUUAUUGACUUAUUUGAAAGGGGUGCCUUAGAUCUUUCUGAAGUAAAAUUUGUUGUGUUGGAUGAAGCUGAUCAGAUGUUAGCAGUAGGCUUUCAGGAGGAUGUUGAACGUAUUUUAAGUUACCUACCUAGAAAGAAACAAUGCAUGCUGUUUUCUGCAACGAUGCCUCAAUGGAUUCAUGAUCUGUCAAGGAAGUAUUUGAGAGAUCCUGUAAUAGUAGAUCUUGUUGGAGACUCUGAUCAGAAGUUAGCUGAGGGUAUCUCACUCUAUUCUGUUUCCUCAACCUCUCCUAACAAGCAAAAUCUCCUUCCCACUUUGAUUUCAAUGUAUGCUCAAGGUGGUAAAAGUAUUAUUUUCACCAAAACAAAGAGAGAUGCAGAGUCACUCUCAAGGUCCAUGGGAGUUGUAAUUGGGAGCAAAGCAUUGCAUGGAGACAUGCAGCAGUCGCAAAGGGACAAAACUCUUGCUGCUUUCCGUGAUGGACGGUUUCGUGCAUUAGUUGCUACAGAUGUUGCUGCACGUGGUCUUGAUAUCCCUAAUGUUGAUCUGGUUAUUCAUUUUGAAAUUCCAAACACUCCCGAUAUUUUUCUUCAUAGAUCUGGCAGAACUGGUCGUGCUGGUAAUAAAGGGACCACAGUACUUAUGUUCACUGAAGGUCAACGUCGUACAGUCAGAAGCAUUGAGCAGGAUUUAGGAUGCAAAUUUGAGGAGCUGCGAGGCAUUACUGGUGAAGGUGGAAAAAGGAGCUCUGACAGGUAUGAUGAUAAUUCUUGGCUGUCCGAAGAUGGCUCGGAUGAUAAUGCUCAAUAUGGAAAUUAUAGACGGUCCCCAAAGCCUAACAAUUAUAGAAGCUCUGAAAGUAACUUCAGAAGUCAAUCUUAUUAUUCUGAUAAUUCACGUUAUGGAAAUAAUGAGAGAUUUAAAAAGUUCAACUCUUAUGGAAAUUCUCAAGAUUACUCAAGAAAUCAAUCUCCUGAAUCCGAUAAUUCACAGUAUGAAAAUCAUGGGAGAUUCAGAAAGUUAAACUCUAAUGGAAAUUCUCAAAAUAGUUUCAGAAAUCAAUCUCAUGACUCUGUUCAUGCCCAGUAUGGAAAUAAUGGGAGAUUUAGAAGCCAGGGAAGUCCUAGAAAAAACAAAUUUUCAAAGCCCUACCAGUCUGUUCUUGAUCAGAAUUCAACAAACAGAAGUUCCUUUUCAUUGGAUAGCUUAGAUCACUGGAAUGAAAGCAAUACAGAUGAGAAAUUUGAUUUUCCUGCAGAAUCUACAAGAUCAAAAAGGACAUAUGGCUCUCGUAAACAUCAUCAGAAGAAAUCAGAAACUGAUAAUGAUAAUUUCGAUUCCUUGUUUGAUUUGUUUUGAAGGUAAACGAGAAUUCUUAUAUUGUUCUUCCCAGCUGCUUCUUUAAAGAUCACAACAGAAACCCCUGGUAACAACUUCACUCUUCUUCUUCAUUUAUUCUCAAUAUAAGAAUUCAGCUUUUAGAUAUUGCAAGAUUAGCUCAGCCUUAGGAAGGUUUAGGGUCAUUUUUUACUCAAUUUAAGGGAUUGGAGAGCCCCAUUUUAGCUCAUUUGAAUGAUCUUUUGUUAUCUACGGGCUUUAAGAUGUUGGUAUUCAUAUCUUAGAUAGGCACAAGCUUUGUUAUCUGUGAUAAUUUGAUAAAUUUUAAAUUUAGAAUAUUGUAUUAUGUUUUGGUGCCUAAGUUCUUCCACUCAUAUAUAAAAUUUUGGAUUUGGAAGGAAAGGAAGCUUCAAUUCCAUCCAUUUCCUUUGUUUUUUUCUCAA